CUCCAUUUCCCAUCGUCCCUUAGAGCAUUGCUGCCAAAUGACAGCCCUGCAAAGUGCCUACGGAUACGGGUUGAAAUAUUUUUGUUUACCAUGCGAUAUAUGAAUGGACAUCUCUUUAGGUAAAUGAUUAUGAAAUAUAUGAAAUAUUUGCCUAUUAUUCGUACUAGGCCUUCGAUUUUCGUAGGCAUUGCCUGUGGUUGCACAGGUUUCUUUUUCUAAGCUUUAUAUGGCCUCAGCUUAUGGCUUGGGGUUCUGGACCGACCGCACGGCGGUGCACGAGGCUGCCUGUCGGGGUCACGUGCCGGAGCUGCAGCGGCUGAUCCGGAGUGGCGCCUCUGUCAACAUGGUGGCCGUGGACUCCAUCACCCCGCUGCACGAAGCCUGCAUACAAGGACAGGCACAGUGUGUGAGGCUGCUGCUGGAUGCGGGUGCACAGGUGGAUGCGCGUAACAUCGACGGUAGCACCCCGCUGUGCGACGCCUGUGCUGCAGGGAGCUUGGAGUGCGUCAAACUGCUGCUGGAACACGGUGCCACCAUCAACCCCCCUCUCUUCACUUUCUCACCUCUGCACGAGGCUUGCAUGGGAGGUAACAUUGAUUGCGUGCGGCUCAUGAUCGCCGGUGGGGCGCGGAUGGAGGCUCACGACUGCCAUUUCGGGACCCCUCUGCACGUAGCAUGUGCCAGGCAGCGGGUGGACUGCGCCAAGUGUCUGCUCAACGCGGGUAAGGGGGUGCAACAUGGUGCCGGCGUGUGUCAGUGUCUGGUGGACUUCGGUGCUGCAAAAACUGUGCCCCUCCCACCCCAAGGUGCUAACGUGAAUGCUGCCAAGUUACACGAGACGGCUCUGCACCACGCAGCCAAAGUGAGGAAUGUGGACCUGAUUGAGCUGCUGGUGGAGUUUGGGGGGAACCUUUACGCCAGGGACAACCUGGGCAGAAAGCCCAUCCACUACACCAGGCCCGGGUCCCCUGCUGCCCUCUGCCUGGAAUUUUAUGAAAGAACACCGCUGAGCUUGCAGCAGCUGAGCAGAGUCUCCAUCAGGAUGAUGCUGGGUCCAAGGGCACUGGAAGUUGUGUCCCAACUCAACUUACCCAAUCGGAUCAUUAACUACCUCUCAUAUGAAUGACUUGCUGUAGUUUGUCAAAAUGUUAUGUACACAUCCAAAUAUGGUCAGUCCCUAGGCUGUUCAGAUGCCUGAUUAGAUAGACAUCCUGGAUGUCAGACACAUCAGAAUAGAGAGAACCUCUAUGCUGCUGUUUAGAAACUGACAAUAUCAGACUUUAAUCUCUGAGGCUGUUGGAUUUAUGAAAACAGACUCGCAUAUUCUGAAUUUAGUCCUGCUAGAUUGCUAGAACUCUUAUUAAAUAAGGCACUGGAUAAGAUUAAAUCUAAUUGCAUUAAAUGUUAUUGUAUUCCUCAGACGGAAUACCUAUGGUUUUUUGGACCGGUCUGCUUCUGCUGCAAACAGUUUCUCAAUAAGGCAAUAACUCAAAAAGUAUUUAGCUGAUUUUUUUCCCAGUCUUUGCACACACAUUGUCUGUGUGACAAACCGGAACUGGUAAGAUUUUGAGACAGAUCUCUUAAAGGCAGAAAAGGGAAGGGUGACAGCAAAUGACUUUCGACCUUCUGAAUGUGAUGUCAAAAACUACUAUGCGAUUAUAUUUUUAGACAAAUAGCCCCAAAAAUGAAGCAGCAAUACAGUGUGGCAGCAAAAGGUGCUUUCACGCUACCAGAACUUUUUUUUAUGGAACCAGGGAUUUUUGUUGUGUUCACACUGCAGGAACUCGGCCGAUUGUAGUUCCUCGGAGGCAGUUCCAGGACCCUUUUGUAGUUCUAACUCCAGACUCGGUACUUUUCGUUCAGACACGAACUACUGGAGUGGGGUUUGCAGAGAUAAACUUGCAAAUCGGUUGGCCACACAUGAAAGUUACGCAGAACUGCAGAAAAAGAAAUGUAUAGGAGCAAAAAGCGAGCUGAUAGAAUUAUUUUUGUAUCCCAGACAUGAUUUAUUAAUGGAUCAAUAAAUACAACUUGCAUGUUGA